AUGUGUUUGCCUUACAGAGAGGACCAUGCUACGAACAUGAUCAACGCCGAUGGCUUCUCAAAAUGCGAGGCGACUCUGCGAGACAGAAGCCGGAGGAGGCCACCUGCAGAGAUGCUCCACCUGCUCUCAGCCGUCAUUGUUUGGCUGGUGACCGGAACCACCAUCUCCAGCCUCAACAAAUGGAUUUUUGUAGUUUACAACUUCAGGUACCCUCUGCUGCUUUCAGCACUGCACAUGCUGACAGCCAUAGUGGUGGACUAUGGGCUGAUCAAGCUGCGGGUGCUCCGACAUAAAGGGGCCGUUGAGCAGGAUCUCACCCCGAGCGCAAAGUGUAAAGUGUUCCUGUUGAGUCUGACUUUCUGUGCCAGCAUCGCCUUUGGAAACAUUGGUCUCAACUAUGUACAGCUGUCGUUUGCACAAAUGAUCUAUACCACCACCCCGCUUUUUACUCUGGCCAUCUCCUCUCUGAUCCUGGGUAAGCAGCACCACAUCAUUAAAUAUACGGCCAUGAUGCCCAUCUGCCUGGGAGCGUCCUUCAGCAUUAUGGGAGAAGUCCAGUUCGAUCAGACCGGCUGCUUCUUUGUGUUUGCAGCGACUAUGUUGAGGGGUGUCAAGUCUAUUCAGCAGAGCAUUUUGCUUCAGGAGGAGAAGAUCAACUCUGUGUUCCUGCUUUACUUGAUGUCCAUUCCCAGCUUCUGCAUCCUGGCCGUGGCUGCUCUGGCUUUAGAAAACUGGGCAAUGAUGGAGUCGCCGCUGCAUUACGACCGCUACUUGUGGGUCUUCAUCCUGCUCAGCUGCCUGGGCUCGGUCAUGUACAACCUGGCCAGCUGCUGCGUCAUCACGCUCACCUCUGCCGUCACCCUGCACAUCUUGGGCAACCUGAACGUGGUGGGCAACCUGCUGUUGUCUCAGCUGCUGUUUGGCAGCGAGAUGUCUGCACUCAGCUGCGCUGGAGUGGUGCUGACGCUGUCCGGCAUGCUUAUUUAUCAGAACUCUGAGUUCAUUGUCAGCUACAUGGACUCGCGAAAGGCUAAGCUUGAAGGGACCAAUUUGGAUUUUCAGUCUGAGCCAGGAGAGGAUUUGGUUACAGAGGAUCGAGCAAACCAUCCACAGAGAGUGGACGGUAAAGAGGAGGACAAAAUGGACUGACCUGAAAGUAUGAAAAGACUUAAGUAAAAAGGUUACUGGUUAAUUGUGUCAUUUAGGUGGUCACCGCCACUGAUGGGGUGGUAGAUCAUUUUUUCCCUCCUCCUUGUGCCAACUCAUACAUGUUCUUGUCACAAAAUUAGAGUCUGCACAUGAAACAAUACUAUCAUCCUUCAUGGAAAAGGUUCAAAUCAAUUCCUUAUCUGUAAAACACUCCCAUCCAGCCUAUAGGGCUAUAUGCAUGCAUGAGCACACUAACCUGUUCGAUACCUCUGAAGUUACUGACUCUGGCUCUCACACUACUCCACUGUGAAAAACGUUCUCAGCACCAGAGGGCUCUAAUCAGUGUUCUUCGUAACGGUUGGUCUUCUGCACUGAUAUCAAGGUUUGCAGGGACUCUGGAAGCAUUUUGCCCUAAAUCUUAUUAAGCUCAGUUUGUAUUAGGAAGCUAUAUUUAUGGUACUGUUACCUGACUCUUACCUUGACAGGGACUGGGGUUUUAUGGCAGCUUUUUUGUUGUUGUGUGAAGCAGGAACCGGAUGUUGUUGAGCUGAAACUUUGGUGCAAUGAGUCGCCUCUUCUCUACUGAAGCACAUAUUUAAGAAGAGGCCUGAGCUCUGUGUUUUUUCUCCGCUAUAAACCUUUCUGUAACUCCCCCACUUGAAGGCCUACAUUCUGUUUUCAAGAAGUCUCUGUUGGGUUAGUCCAAUUACUUCUAUCUUUUCCAGCAGCACGCUGUCUUCCUUGCAGCGUACUUUCAUAAUUAGUGUCACAAGUUCUCCAAGGAGUGUUGCUCAACUUUGGCUUUUUCCUCCUCCUGUGGAAAAGGUGAAGAAAAAGAAGCUUCUUUUUAGCUCUGUUCUUUUCACUGACAUUUUUUAGAGUUUGACAUCAUUUUGAUAUUUGUGUGAGAAAAUAUUGAUUUUAUCAUAAGAGCUUUGUAGUGUCACACAGCUACAUACAGUUAAAAUUAAUUUGCAGUUGUCUCUUUUGGAUGCUCCCCUUUUUUUUAAAAACUUCCAGACUGCAUGCUGCUGCUCCUAAAAGCAUCCUAAAUAAUAACCCCACCUUCAAUUCAGCAUGUUUGGAAUGCCAAAUAUUUACUUUAUCUUGUUUUACACGCUGUGUCGGCGACUUCUCGUAGUUUUUUAAAUCGUAUGAAAUAACUCAUAUUUAUAAAGAUUUGCCAUCAGAUUUUCAUCAGGUUUUGCCUAAUAAAAAAACAUUUUUAUAUUGCCAGGGUGCCAUUUGCACACAUAUUUAAAACACAAAAAGAAUGAGUAUAAAUUAAUGUAGGACCAUUGUUUUUCUUCUAUGAACCUUUAAAAUGUUCAAAGAAAGCUUUUGUUUUUUCUUUUAUUUAUUUAUUUGAUAUACAGAACAUGUAAUGAUUUUGUGCAUGUAACACAUUUCCACUGGUUUCACAUUGAAUACCUCAGCUGUUUAAGAGGACAUGCAGAACUCAAUGUUCAUUCAAUAAUAUUUAAAACUUUAACAUAAUAUUGCAUAUCACUGGUAGAUUUUUGCUUUUCUCCACAAAAUCUAUUGAAUUUACAUAUCAAAGACAAUAUAUGUUCUCAUUAAUGUUGUUAAAUGGAUCUGGGGGGGAUGCUUGUGUUGCACUGACAAGGUACAGAGUUGUUGCCUUUAAAGCUUAUGGUUUCUUUGUACAUAUGUGUUUUUGAGUUCAAGGCUGUUGGAUGUAAAUAAUAAUUUUACUAUAUUUAUGUAUUUUGUAGUUCUUUAUGGCUGGUUUAGACUCGACUGCUUCAAGAAUGAACCAUUUUGCCUCAUGCCUUAUUUGGAAAUCCUGCAGAUGAGGAAGAAGAGUGAAUUAAAUUAUUUGGACUGAAACAACGAAUAAAGAAACUCAAGUCCCUCAUCACUAA